GUUAUUGUUAGCUUGUUAGCUAGCAGACGAACCGCUGAAAUGGCGAUAUGACUGAGUAAUAACGGCUUAUUACAUAUGCACCACUAAGUUAUAACUAAUCCUAAAGUGAUGGAGGACGGUAACAGGAGUGAUGGAGCUUCCACGUCAAAGAGCCAUGUAGGCUCUUUUCACCUGCAGACUCCAAAAAGUGAGGACACUUAUGAAAUUACCAUUCCCUUUGAAGAGAACAACUUUGAGCAGCAGGGAUUCUUCAACCAGAGCGAUCAGAACUUUGAUGAACCAGCCUCGAGUGGAGGCCCAUCUACAGUCAGUAAUUCAUACAUGGUGAUCAACAACCUGCGGACCCAGCUCCAGAUCUCUGUGGAGAAAAACUCGUGGCUGCAAAAAAGAAUCGAGGAUCUGGAGGAGGAGCGGGACUUCCUGCGGUGCCAGUUGGACCGCUUCAUCUUUUCCACGAAGAGCCACGGACCGGAACAGGGUCAGAGUCAGUACAGUAACGGAUAUGAAUCAAGACGAUUCAACUGGAGGGCAAGAAGAGAGGAAGACCGUCCAGCUGAUCAGCAGAAGGGAGACCAACAGCAUUUCCCUCAGCGCCAGUUUGUCCAGCGAAGGCCUGGUCCUCCCACUAUGGUUCCUUCCAAAAACCACAUCUCCAAUCCACUAUCCUCUCAGCUCUCUAACAUGAAUGCUUUGUACAACACAACACAAUCACAGGCGCUUUUGCAAGGCCACAGUCACAGCACCUCAAGUACAACAGGCAGUGGCAGCAACAGUAAAAACAGCAAUGCUGCAAGAUCAUCCCUAAACCAACUGGGUGGACGCAAUGGCCCAGAUUCCCUCUCACUGCUGGGAGAAUCUGAUGAGUUCUUGGAGGAGGAUGGCUUCAUCGAGGAGGACGAAGGGGAUGAUGUAAUGUCAGAGACAAUUAGCACCAACAGGCAGCAGUUAAAGAGGAGACGAGUCCUCCGAGCGCCACGAGAGCGACAGAGAGUGAAAGACGCUGCAGGAGUGCUAUUUCGCUAUAAGAAGAUUCUCCUUACGUACCAGCGCCUCAAAAACAUGACCAAGGCCUUCCAAAUCCACGGUGUUGACCGCAACACCGUGGCCUCCACCACCCCCAUUGCUGAGCUGCAUCUCGUGGCCCCUGAGAAAGUGGCCGAAGUGGGAGAGUUUGACUCCUCCAAGGAGAAGCUGCUGGAUUACGCCCGACGCUGCUACCUCGCCCUGGACGAAGAGACGCUCAGUAGAGUGCAGGCGUUGAAGAAAAAUAACCUCCUGCUGCCCAUCUCAUACCGAUUCAGGCAUGAGAUGAGCUGAUUGAUGUCAGCUGUAUUGUGGAGGUAGAGACAAGGGGAUUCUUUUGAAAUGAAAAUAAGUGUUUCUGCAAUCACAGAGGACUGUGAUUAUGGUAGUUCUAUUGUCAUUUGUUCUUCAUUUAUGUUUUGCAAAGACAUUUUUUUAUCCUGACGUGAAUCUGCUGGAGGGCAGGAGUUCAAACACUACUUUAGAUGACUGCAGCGUGUUAAAUAUCCAAAUUUAUAUUACUUUAUUUGUAUUCUGCUUUGACACAAUCCCGUAAGUGCAUAAGCUUCAAGUGUGUUUUUUUUAAUUUUAUUUUAAGUUGUGACUCAUUUUUGGAAUACUUUGAUGAACAAAUUAUGCCCAUUUCAGGAUGAUUUUCUUUGCUUUAUUUUUACUGUGGCUAUAUUUAGUGUCAUUUUUAUUUGCAUUAAUUAAUUUUUAUAUGAUCCACAUUUAGAAAAGCUCCAUAUUGCUGCAGACCUCCUUAUUUAAAGAUGAGGUGAACAAUCAAAUGAUAAUUAGAAAGAAAACGUUCUGGGGCACCAUACAUCAAUCAACAAGUCACUGUUUUUAUCGCUAACAUUGCAUUGUGUCUCAGAAAUGUUGGUCGUUUUUAUUUAUUCUUACCAUUGGGAACACCAGUUGCACCUCUGCCUAGUUUUAAUGCUGCAUUUCUUUCUUUCUUCAAAGGAUUCCAAGCAACUUUUGUAAAUGACUUUUACUAAGUUACCAUAAAUGUAACCUCCUAUGCUUCUGAUAUUAGGAAUCUUGUAUUGUAUUGUGAAGUUUUAUAUAUUGUGGAUCUGACCAAUUCCACUGCAUAACACUAUGGGUUUGUUUUUUUUUUUUGUAAUACCUGUAGGUUUUGGUUCCUUGUAAAAAAAAUAAUCUGUGGAAACAGCUAAAAAUCAUCAGCAGAAACAGAGGAACUGUUCUCCACAACAUGUGCAUGUAAAAAGAGCAUUUGUGAUCUGUUGUGCGCUCUUCAAAUUUCAAGGAAGCUGAUUGUAAUUUACUAUGAAAUGCAACUAUUUUGGCAGUGAAAACAAUUAUUUAGGAUUUUGUUCUACAGCAAAAUAAUAUUGUGUAACCAUGUGUCCAUGAGUAAACAGUUCAAGAGCAAUAAGGAAGCUUCAAAGUUGACCGAGAUUCCUGCCAGUUCACACAUUUCCACCUGGGACAGUUUCUACUUGCAGCAUGAGUGAAAUGGCAGUAAAGCAUUUGAAUUUAUAUAAAAAUAAAACAUUUUAUUCUCUCACCUUCAAGAACAAAUCUCUCCAAUGAGUGCUGAUGAUUCAUUAAGAAAUUGUGUUAAUAGAAGUGAAAUAAACUAUUUGUUUUUUCCUCA